AUGACUAGGAUUGGACGGUCGCUACAAUACGGAAAAAGGUUUGAUAACUCCAUAAACCCUAAUCUCUUUUCUCCCACACUGAAAAUCACAAAUCCAAAUCACAUUCUCUCUUGCUUCACCACCAGAUCCUCCAAUUACCUCUCCUUAACCGGUGGUUCCUUUUACCUCCCUUGCAUCACCAUCGCCCUUUACAUCUUGUCGCCCUUUUCACAUCUCGCGGUUGCCGUGACUUUGACGCAAGAGGAAGAGGAGGCGCCAUCUUUGGUUUUGACUCCAUAUUCUCUGCAAAUGUAUGAAAUUCAGUUCUGGACUCGCACCUUUCCUUACUGUCGGAGCUUCAAAUUGCGCCGCUAUAGUCAGAAUGGGUUUUCGUCGUAUGCAGAUGUGUGAUCCACAACGACACAGGACGCGCGAUUGGUGACGACAUAAGACACAACGAUGGAGAGGGGAGGAGAACGUGGUGGUGUGGGGCAGUUUUGGGUUUAGUGAGAGGGGAACCGCCGCCUCCGACUUGGUGCUACCAUGUUGUUUUGUCUACGUUUUCCUUGUUCUGGCAGUGGAAAAUUUUGUGUUCUUGAUUGUGGUUCUGAUGAAUAUUACGGUGGCUCCAAUUAAGUUUUUAAUAGUGAAGUGAAAAAAUUAUUGUUCCAAUUUGUGAUUUGGUCUUAGAUUUGUCCGUUAUCAUCUUCUGGUUCAAUCUCGUUUAGGAAUAACUCUGUUGGGUUGAUUGAGAAGAAAAAGGAAGAGGGAGUGGAGGAAGGAGAAGAGGAAGAGAUUAUAUUUUGGGACUGACUUUUAACGGUUAAUAAUAAUAUCUUGUU